AUGGCAGCAGCAGCAGCCGCGACGAUGCUGCUCGCACGAGCAGAUUCGGCGAUUAUGCGCACCAAGAGAGACGCGACGAAUGUCUCGAUUGCGGAAAUCGACGCGCCGACGACGACAUACCCGCACCGAGACCACCCUAUCGCCCUCAGAGAACCCAUCGCCAAGGCAGUCGACGAAUACGUACUUCAGAACUGGGACUUUGAAGGGGACGAGGCUUGCAGACGGAGAUUCCUGUCUAGCGGAGUGGGCAGUCUCGCAUUCGAAUACUUCCCGUCAGCGCUGGAGGAGCGGAUAGGUCUGGUAGCGCGACAUCUCGCAGUGGUGUUCCUCAUCUCUGGUAAGUUUGUCCACAGCCCUAUACCGGAAUUACCUCGAUUGAUGGGUUGUCAGAUUCGUUGUCCGAGUACGAAGCAGAAGAUGGCGAAGAAUAUGUCGAAGCUCUAGAAGCCGCAGCGAAAGGGUACUGGAUGCCUGAUGAAGAAGUCCCGGCGGUCUGGAUGCUCUGCAGCUUAUUUGACGAGAUGCGAACGAUCGACUAUGUCCUGGUUGACGAUGUGAUGGAGACGACAUUGGGCCAUCUACGAGCAUGUCUCUUCAGACGUGGCAGGACGACAAACAGAGGUGAUGGGAGAAGAUCGCCGGGUUUCCGGAUAGGCGCUGCUCUGGUCUCGUCGCUGUCAUCGUUUGCGACGGGAAUGGAGGCUGAUGGGUGGUGA